UUGGAGAUUGGGUUUGUGACAAAUAUACUCCGCCAUUGGAGAUGCCUUCAUCACCUCAGUGAGAGUCGUCGGAAGUCGGACUGAAAACAGAGCAGAUGGCAGCGACGGCGUGUUUCAUCAUCGUCAGCAGAAACGACAUCCCUAUUUACGAAGCUGAAGUCGGAUCCGCCGCCAAAAGAGAAGAUGCUGCACAGUUGCAUCAGUUCAUAUUACAUGCGGCUCUCGACAUUGUUCAGGACCUUGCCUGGACUACCAGUGCCAUGUACUUGAAAGCAAUCGAUCGCUUUAACGAUUUGGUGGUUUCCGUCUAUGUUACUGCUGGUCACGACUUAUGCUACUUCAUGACUCUCGUAACGAUGAUGGAAUCAAGAGCUUCUUCCAAGAGGUUCACGAGCUUUACAUCAAAACUCUUCUCAAUCCCCUCUACCUGCCUGGUUCACGAAUCGCGUCAUCACAUUUUGAUACAAAAGUUCGUGCUCUUGCACGAAAAUAUCUGUAGGGGCAAUGGAUGCUGUGGGUACACAAGCUCUUGACUUUUCGCAACGAGGUGCACAGCUUCUGAAACUAGGGGAUUUCGAAGCCUUUCCUUUUUGUUUCUUUUUCAUGAUUCUAGUUCAAGACUGUUACGUAUUAUACCACGUGUUAUUUGCGAUAUUAGGAUUAAGUCGAUCAACAUUUCAAUGCUAAGGGAGAAGUGCAUGAAAGAGAACAUUUUAAGUAUUAAAACAUCCAAGGAAGCCAACCUUAAGGGUGCGUUUGUUGUACCGGAUUA